AUGGCACACGACAACAAAGAAUUAGUAAUUGAACAUUUCGAAUUUGCACCAAUUUCAAUAAUCGACGAAGUAAUAGAUUCAGUAAAUGAACUUUUGUAUCAAGCACUUAUAGGCUUAGAAAAUUUUAUUUACAAAUAUUUAAAUUCUGACGAGGAAAUUGAACAG